UGCGAUGACCACAGUUCAAUCCUUUGUGCACAUCAUCUUCCAUUGACUUUGCAACGAAACAACAAUAGCAGAAAUACGUUUCCCUAAACCUUUGUUUUCCUGCAAAUUUCAAUAGAGAAGAAAAUUUGUUUCGAUUUGGACACUGCAUUACUAAAAACUAGCCGAAAUCUUGAAAUGGUGUCUUGUGCCGUCUUUCCACUUAGAAAAUUGUGUUUGUUUACGUGCUGCUGUAUUUUUGCCUCAAAAGUUUGAUAAAGCUGCCAUUCCCACUACCCGAGCGGACAAGUUUUACCAAAGAGGGAGGCAGACGGUAGUAAUGAAAGAAGAACUGCGAAUUUCGGUACUCGCCCUUUCUACAGUACGAAACCAGCCAACAAUAUCGCAGCUAUGCAGCAUAUUUCCGAAAUGUGCUAAUGGCAGUGGCUACUAGUGUGCAGAACCUUUUUCUAGUCACUUCCACUGUCAUCGCGUCUAUUGAUGCAGGAGGGGUGUCUUUUCGUCGUCUGAUUAUGUGCGUGUAUGUUUAGUGGAUAAAUAGCAUUGUUCGCAUCUAUGGUUCUCCGGUGGCAUUAAAAACAACACGAGCCCUAUAUACAGAGCCUCAUUCUCAGUAGUCAAAACGGAGACUAGGACAUGGGUUGCAUCAAUUCGAAGAAGGACAUCAAGGACGUACAUUCUAACAUCUUUCACGUGAUUAACAUCGACAAUGAGGGAAGGGAGCUGUGGAGCGGCAAAUUGGAAGUGACCCGCGUUGAGCUGACCCUCUACCGAAAGGGUAAGGAACCAACAAAGUGGCCGUUGAAAUGCCUGCGUCGCUAUGGGUACAAUGUUGAUCAGUUUAGCUUCGAAGCCGGGCGCCGGUGUACUACUGGUGAAGGAAUUUACGCCUUUCGUUGUCGACGAGCCGAAGCCCUGUUUUACACCGUACAGGCUUACAUUCAAGGGCGCAUUUACAGCGAUGAAAAUACCAACCCGAAUGAUCCGUACCCAAUACCUGUAGCUUCUAACGGGCCUUCCGUAGCGGCUCGAAGUGUUUCACAAAACAACACGGCUACGCGAAGCAGCGGCAGUGGUGGAGGACAGGGUCAGCAGAUGCAGUGUACGUUCGUAAUGAAUCGAACCGGAAUGGCAACGAGCCAAUCGCUCAGUCCAAAUGGAACGAUACAUUCGAACUCCAACCAAAGCCGCAGCACGGAUACUCUCCCCAUGGAGGGCAAUUAUCUCGAACCGACACCCAAUCGUUCGAAUGCUUCGGGAACCGGGCAACCACACACAAUCACGACCCGCUUUCAGCAAGGGCUACGGUUAAGUUCCGUAAGCAGUGGACCGAUCAGUCCCGACAUAACAUCGCCUGGUUCGCCAAACAGUAUGACAAACAUACUGGAAGUAACUACUCUAAAUCCGCUGCCAACGUCGCACACCAGUGGAAACGUGCAUCAAGGCGUGAGUAACGUCUAUCAAGAGUUCCCCAUGAAAGACUCGUCGAUGGCCUCGCUUCACCAUCAGCAUCAUCAACUGUUGCUGCAUCAGCACCACGUGCAUCAUCCGGUGGUGGCUCCGAUCGUGGCACCGCUCGUCGGUGGUUUGGUUCGAACCUCGAUGGAUGUACCUCCGCAGGAGCCGGCCCCGGGUGCGUCGGUGCUGCUAAACUCCUCUAUCACAUCGGAUAUCACACCGGCUACGGGAUCUUCGGGCCCAAACGAUACGCUCAUCUGCGGUAGUGGAGAAUACGAUCAACAACAGCCUUCCACACCGGACGCCAUCGAUCCGGCGCGAUUGUACAUGAAUGUAAAUAUAACUUGUGCGGAUGCUGGCGCUGCUGGUACAACCGGGUGUGGUAAAACAAAAAAGCCUGUCAACUUCAGCAGCAAAAGUAAUUCUAGUCUCAUUUCGAUUUCAAACAUCAACAACAACAACAACAGCACCAGUGGUGGCCAUAAUAGCACCGGUUCGUUCGAUGAGUGUCAGUAUCAAAACGUGCGCACUCCAACGUCCAUGACGGCGAUUAGUGCAGUCGGAGGGGCAGGGAUGCCUUUGCUAUCACAAAGCAUUGUAACCGGUAACAUGUUUGCACAGUUCCAGCGUCUCAACAGUGCCGGGGGUGGUCCGGCAAGUCAGUUCUCGAUGGAUCCAAACCGAUUCUAUGAAAACCUUGAACUAGCCGAACUAAAAGCCGUUUCAAUGCGUGGUCGAUGUUCGAAGCCGGAUAUUUUUAGCAAUGUUGAUCUACCAUUAGACCACUCGGAACCGUGCACACCGACCGCAACGGCGGCGAGUCAGCGCAAGGUGAACUAUAUCGUACUUGAUCUCGAUCAGUCAAACUCAUCACAUAGCAUUAGCGGUACAGCCGGUCCGGCCGGAUCAAAUGGAACCGGUAUCCUCUCACCCACCGGUACAGUUCCUGGUGGACCAGCGACCAAUGGCAACACGAUCAUCGGCAGUGUCGCAAACAGUGCUACCAACUUCAAUAAUAAUAACAACAACAAUAACAACAGUACUGCCGUAAACUUGAACAACGUUGUCACAGGUGGCAUGUGCAAUUCGGCUAGUGGCAUGGCACUAGGGUCGAUCGCCGUGGGCACAGAUCUUCGUGGCUCGUCCGUUUCCGGCGUUAAUUGCGGCACCGGUCUCUGUAGCGGUACGCAGGCAAACGCAACUGCUGGUAAUGUCCCACCUACCAGCUUGGGGCUUCUACCACCGGAAAGUCCGAAAAAGGCUUCUCUCGGAUAUGCAACAAUCGAUUUUAACAAAACAGUUGCAUUAAGCAACUCGACGACACCUUCCUCCGAGCUCGACAGUGAGGGAUCGCGCAAGACACGCCACAACUCCACGGUGACACCACUGGCAAGGCAAAGCAAUUCUGUAAGCGAUUAAACGUAACCGAUCAGCAAGGUGAGUUUAUAAGAUUUAUUGUCAUUGAUUGCACAGUACAACAGGAAUUGUUGGAACAGAAAAUGCCAAAUGGAUAGUUUGUGAGCUUAUCCUAUUGCUAUUCAACGGUUUAAUUUUUUUUUUUUUUUGGUUUUUUCAUUUUCCUAUCCAUUAACUUGGUUCCUAUCAGUUUAAACAUUUUAGUCCUAUUUUAAUUUCCCACUUCGAAAUGGAAAAGUGUAUAGAUUUAACAUUUACUGUAGUAAGUCCUAAGUUUACGUUUUGACUGUAACAGUUUCUAUGUAAUUUGCUUGCAGAAGGAUAUUUAUGAUUUUUUCUUGUUUGAAUGUUUUAUUCUUUUAUCUUUUUCGUAACUGCAGAAUAACCAUUUACCCACUUUCUAUAUUAUGAAAGAUAUUUUAAAACUGAUUUAGUGUUCAAAAGCGACAGCUUAUACUUUAUUAUUUUUGUAUCGUAUGAAAUGAAUUCGUACUGCAUGGAAAUCAUUGCACAAAAAAAUGCUUUAUUGCUGCAUAGACGUGCAGUAAAAAACUUUGACGACGACAAUUUACUUUGUAAUAUUAUGCGUUGGAACAAAACGUACAGGAAAACGAUAGGUUGCAUAGUCAUAAAAGGAGAAAGGAAAUGUUCCAUCUACAUGCAAUGUAACAUGUAACAGUGUUUGAAUGAUUGAAUGAUUGAAAGAUUCAUCAAAAUGAUUUAUCCUUCGAAACAGUGGGAUAACAAUUGCCUCUGUAUUAUUGUAUAUUGCCAACACAACCUUCAUAGAAAGGUUAUCUCCAAAGAAAAGCUUUAUUAUAAAAAGAAAAACAAUUAAAAUGGCUCUAAAGCGAAACCAAAAUCAGAAAACCAUUCAAUCGUGGCCAGCGUGAUAUGAAAAGGAUUGUUUGCGUUUAUAGAAAUCUGUACAAAUUUUUUUAGUUGUGAUAUGUUGCGAGCUGCAUACACGAAAAACAAACAUCAUAGAAGAAAGUACAUUAUGUUCGUAUUACAUUACUAAAAUAUGUUAUGCUAUAGCUCCACGAAAAGAGGCAAAAAUUAACUAAUAAACCAAAGCGUAUAGGCCCCCAAAAGAUGGAAAUUUUCGAUAAAUGGAAGAAAUGUACACAAACCACCAAAAAAUCGAAACACAACUGAAGAACAUAUAACAGUGAAAAGAACAUUACAUCUCCAAUGUGUCGGAGGGUUAGAAGGCACAUAGGAUGUAGAAAGGUUUAAAUUUAAGUAUCUACAUGUUUAACUACGUCGUUGAACACAGGGUUGCGAAGAAGAUAAUGUAAUUACAGUACACUUUAAACAAAGCGACACAAUUUAUAUACAUAUAUGCAACUUAGCCUCAUGAUCCGGCUGAUUGUUGCAGAACUGUAAAGGAAUCGUAUAACGUUAGCGCGAUGAUGAUUCUGAUAGAGAUAUUAUUAUAUUAUGAAAUGGAAUAGAAAGCUUGACUUUCAUAAAAUAAGGGCUCAGCUGAAGUGGUACGGUGAAACAACAGUCAAAAUCAUUUAGUUAAAUUAAUCCGCGACGACAAAUAACGUUUUGUUGUCCGCUGAGCUCGUAUAAAACUAAAAGUUUAGCAAAAUGUUGUGUAAACUAAACCAAUUAGUAGCAGAAUAAUAUAAAAAGGCUAUAAAUAAGCAUAACAAACCAAACCCCAGUGAUUCGUUAAGUUUGUUCAUUUUAGAUUUGAACUGAGACACUAAUUGUUUAAGAGAAAUAAUAGUAUAAACGUAGAGUGUGUGAGUGCAUUUUUAUAGUUUAAUAUUAUAUUAAUAAAGAAAAUGACAUGGCCUGAACAGCAGUAGUAACCCCGCGUGCGGUUUAGUAAUAUGUACAGUUUCCGUUGAAACAGGAGUCGCGCCCACAUGGCCAAAUAUUAUAAUUAAAUGCCAAAAAUGAAACGUUUGUUAUACUGUAUAAGUACUGCCCAGAUACGUCUGUCGGAUCUGUGCAAAUACAUGAAAUAAAUCUAAUAAAAAUUUAUAGUUUA